GGGAGAGGAAGCAGGCGAGGAUUUAUUUGUUCUCUUAUUGCAAGAAAAAAAAAAAAAGGAAGAAAGAAAGAAAGCUGCUGGUUGUGACUUUUGAAGCAGGAGGUCAGAAAGCACGGGGUUCCCCUGAUAACGCACACACCCUGUAAACUUUUAAACAGCUCCAUGGAAACUUGUUAUUAAUGCUGCAGUCAUUAAAAGGCGCAGACCACGGCAGAUUUAUUAGCCCCGUAAACCACAACACGUGCCAGCUCUCUGGAAACAAAAGGGUCCGUCAACUUUACCCCUCUGCUCGGGAUUUGGGAAGGCUGGAAGGAGAGCGGCGAGGAUGGAGCCGGUGGCUUGUGUCGUGGGGAAGUGGCAUCGCCUCCGUUAACCGACGCUCUCCUUCGCGGUUAGCUAUCGUAAUUCGGUGGCGGGGAAGGCGUUUGAGCACGGGUGGAGCGAGAGCACGGCGAGCCGUGCCGAGCUCACGGCGUUCAUCGUGGCAGCCAGGCGAGGAGCCUCCAGUCUCCCCAGUCAAAAGAUUUCCCCGGGUGUCUGCCAUGAUAAAUCAGCUGCCGUCAGCCUGAAUAACCGCAUUCACUGAAGUUACAGUAGGAAACUUGUCUGGGUGGACACUGUGCCAUUGCUCUGCAGAGAGCAGCCGGUGCCGAUGGCUGGCGUUGCGCUGAAAUAUUGCAUUGAUCGCCGCUCCAAAGCUCGCCUGGCAGCGUGCGGGGCUUUAUCGCAGCGGUAGGAAGCAGAGUGAAUACUGGGAGAAGAGGCGCUGUGGAAAGGCAGGGUUAGACCAACACCUCGCUGAUCUCUCCGGGAAUAAGGAGCACGUUGGAUGUGUGAGAUGCUGAAAGGACCGGAGGGAGCCUGGUAUGUCCCUGGGAGAAUCUGCAGGCUAAACUUGCUCGCUGUCGGCAGCCCGGCGCUGUAAAGGCAAAGUGGGUUAAGUGUCUGCCGUCGCGCUGGCACGGAGCACGGCUCGUGUCCCUUCCCGACCCAUAGGAACCAGUCCCUGUCCUGGAGAGGACACGGGAGGUGUUUGCUCACACGUGGGUUAUAAAUGGCCCGGCGAGGCCCUGACCUGUGCUCCGCCGUCGCCGGUCUCCGCUCCGAUGCGGGGUCCCUCCGCGAAGGCGGUGGGUGAGCGAUGCUCGGGGCCCGGGUAGGCAGGAGGUUGGGUGGCAGCACCCGGACGGGCUUUCCCUCGCGGCAUGUUGUGGGGAGACGCUGCUGGUUUGUGAAUGAAUUUGAGCAGCUGCUUGCACAGGCAGUGAGGAGCAAUUACAGAAUGCCUGGGAGGAACAAGGACGCCACAGACAUCCCAGGGGACGUUAAUUUCCACCGAUGGGGUGGACUGGUAGGGAAGGCUGCGGGGUUGGGGUGAGGCUCUCCUGCACCCCUAUUCUCGAAGACUGAGUGCAAGGAAUAAACCUGCAUUAUUCAAUAGGAAAAAAGCUUCCUGUGCUCCUCCAGCCCUGCGCUGAACAGCACCGUGCACCACCCCAGCGCGAGACAGAGCUGGGAAAAAAAGGUCAACAAUGCAGUUCCUAGCCUGCUUCUCCUUGAUGCUUCUUCUUCCUUGUUUUGGUACCACCAAAACCUGCUUCCCUGGCUGCCACUGCGAAGUGGAAAGCUUUGGCCUCUUUGACAGCUUUAGCUUGACCAAGGUGGACUGCAGUGGAAUAGGCUCACACAUUGUUCCUGUCCCAAUCCCUCUGGAUACCUCCUACUUGGAUCUAUCAUCAAACAAACUGGAAACAAUCAAUGAAUCGAUGCUUACUGGCCCUGGAUACACCACCUUGGUGAGCCUCGACCUGAGCUACAACAAAAUUGCCAAGAUUUCCUCCACAACCUUCUCCAGACUUCGGUACCUGGAGUCCUUGGAUCUGAGUCAUAACUCUCUGGAAGCCCUUCCUGAGGACUGUUUCUCCAGUUCUCCUCUGGGUGACAUAGAUUUGAGCAAUAACAAGCUUUUGGAUAUAGCUAUGGACAUUUUUGCUUCAAAAGGUCAAGGAAAACCCCUCAAUGUGGAUCUAUCCAAUAAUAUGCUCAGCACAAUUACGAGGCAUCGUGAAAAGAGCAUCCCCAGCAUCCAGAACUUAAAUCUUUCUGGGAACAGGCUAACCUCUGUGCCAAACCUUCAGGGGAUUCCUCUCCGAUACUUAAAUCUUGAUGGGAACCCUCUAGUCAAGAUCAAGAAAGGAGACUUCAUGGGGCUGAAAGAUUUGAUUCAUUUAUCCCUUGGCAGCCUGCGUGGAUUUGGAGAGUUAUCUCCUUAUAGCUUCAAGGAACUAGCAGCUCUCCAGGUUCUGGAUUUAUCCAGCAAUCCCAGCCUGAAGUCACUGACUGCUGAAAUUAUCUUUGGUCUGAACUCCUUACAAGAGCUCAACCUCUCUGGGACAGGCGUGUCAUCCUUGCCAAAGACUGUGCUGAAAUACCUGCCUUCCAUCAAAAGCAUCACCUUGGGGAAGAACAUACAGUGUCUUAAGACCAUCAAAGAAGGACAGUAUCACCGACAAAUUGGCCUGACCAAAAAAGAGAUCCUCAGUUGCCACGACAGCCACGGAUUACUUCAGGUCCAACCUUGGCAACCUCCCAUCUUUCCAGCCUUAGCGAGCUAUUGCUCAGAGAUGAUGUGCAGCAGAGCAAGGGAAGCAGAGGGGUCUGCCAACAGCCGCAUCUCACCCAGGAACCAGCCUCCGAUGAAGCAAAUUAAAUGAGCUGCAAAGUGAAGAGAUCAUGUAGCCUAGCUUAAAAAAACCCACCCAAACGAAAAAAAAAAAAAUCCCUUCUUCCUUUCUGGGGAAGCUUGGAAGAAAACCUUGACACGGAUUCUCGUCUCGAUGACCUUAUCAAACCAAGAUGCAGACCCGAGGGAUGUGAGACUAAGCCGUUUCCAUGCUGACAUCCCCCAUCUGACCACAACAUCUCUGACUCAGCUGGGCUCAUGUGAGGCAAUUUCCAGAGCCAAAACAGUCUCCGGAACAUGCCAGGGGAAGAAUUAACAUGGACGCCUGCGACCCCGGAGCGCUUUGCCUAUCAGGGCAAAGAUCUUGGGUUUUUUUUUCCAGAGCUGUGGCUUUUCUUUCUCUCGCACAGCUCCUUGGCUGCCAACUGAAAUCUGAUAAAAAGCCUGGUCCUCAGAGGUUUACUCAUUUUUUCCUCCAUUGCUGUAAUGCUGGCAAAGCAAAGGGAGCCCCUCUCGUUCCCGAAAGCGGGGGAAGGCAGCACAGCUUGACUCAGUGCCAUCUGUGAAGCCUUUAACCUGCUUAUAGGAGCUCCUGCAGUGGAGGUGUUUGCUGAGGUCUGGGCCACACCUGGCACGCUCUGUCCUGGGGAUGGGAAGGGAUGUUUUGGAGGGGGGUCCGGCUCGGGUUGGUGGGGAGCUUGGUCUCUAAACCCAGCCUUGCAGGGCAACCUUUAGUGUGUGAAGCUGGUUUAGGGAAGUCCACACGAAGGUGACACAGAUAUAAACUCGUUCCACAGCCGUCCUUGGGAGCGCUGGGAGGAGCUCAGGCUUUGCUCUCACACCCCCAAAGGUCUUUGCGAAUGGAAACCCUAUUGCCCAAAGCAGCUGUCUCCAGCGAUGGUUAAACCCACUGAGACCAUAAAAGCCAGAGUCAACACCUCACUUUGGAUACUGGCAUCCCUCUCCCACAUUUUCAUCCAUCUCCUUCUCAGUGAUUUGUCUGCGGACCUUAGGGUGGGGAUUUGAACCCUUUCUUUCAUGCUGGGGGGUUUCCCCCUCUGCUGAGCGUUUGCAGUGCUCGACCGACCUUCACAGUCACAAGAAACACUGAUUUUCUUAAAAAGGCAAUGGGACUGCCUACAGGCAGGGAUCUGGAGGGGAACACAACCAGCUGCAGUGCGAGAUGGGGGCACCUUGGGAGGGAAGAGGUGUGUUUUUAGUGGAUCUUGCCUUUUUAAGAGAAUUCUUUUCUGCUGGCAGAAAAUGUAAUUUUUAAAAAAGUUGUUGAAUUUUAUAAGUCUGUACCUAGAUGAAAUGUUUCAGGGAUCACAUACUGUCAGAGUUACUCUCUUUGUGCCACUGUGGUAAACUUAAAACCCAGUGUGACAAUCCAAUUGAAGACUGCAAGAUUUCCUUGUGUAAUCUCACGCUAGCUGCUAGCUAAAUAAGUCUUAGCAGAAGCUGGCAAAUACCGUUGCUGUGUUAGUUUGGUUUGUGUUUUUUUUUUAAGAACCUCUGCAGCAUUGUAAGGCUUUGUGAUUACUCACAAUAUAAUAAAGUGAUUUGGAGGAGAACAAA